UAACCAUUCACUAAUUACUUAUUUUUCUUCUCCACCGGUCGCCGGCUCUCGUUUUCGCCUUCUACUCUCCGGAGGUCACCGGCUUAAUCUCUUAUUCUCCUCCUCCGGCGGAAUCUCGGGAAAAUCAGGAUGGCAGUGGGCGUUGAAGCAGAGAGCGGAGAUGGGAUAAGGCGGAGAGGAUGUUCAUGCACGAAAAAUGAUUUUCUACCGGAGGAGUCCUUCCAGAGCUUCGGAAAUUAUGCCAAAGCACUGAGUGAGACUCCGAGCAGGUUCAUGGACCGGCUCCUGACUCGAUCUCAGGAUAACAUUGAGCUGCAUGAGAUCAAGGCCAGGAGCAACCAUGAGAUGAAGAAGAACCUGUCUUGGUGGGAUCUGAUGUGGUUUGGUAUUGGUGCCGUCAUUGGCGCCGGUAUUUUUGUCCUCACUGGCCUCGAAGCUCGUCAAGAGGCUGGUCCUGCCGUCGUCCUGUCCUACGUGGUCUCCGGUAUCUCCGCCAUGCUGUCCGUUUUCUGUUACACCGAAUUCGCCGUGGAAAUACCUGUUGCAGGUGGGUCAUUUGCAUACCUUAGAGUGGAGUUAGGCGAUUUCAUGGCCUUCAUUGCUGCUGGCAACAUUCUCCUGGAGUAUGUCAUUGGUGGUGCUGCUGUAGCUCGAUCUUGGACUUCCUACUUUGCCACCCUCUGCAACCACGAACCUAAUGAUUUCCGCAUCAAUGUAAGCAGCCUUCCUGAUGAUUAUCGCCACCUUGACCCCGUUGCCAUUGUUGUCAUUACCAUCAUUUGCAUCCUCGCUGUCCUCAGCACCAAGGGCUCAUCGCGUUUCAAUUAUAUUGCCUCCAUCUUCCACGUUCUUGUUAUUCUCUUCAUCAUCAUUGCUGGCUUUGUAAAAGCUCACCCCCAAAACUACACCCCUUUUGCUCCCUUUGGCGUUCGUGGUAUUUUCAAGGCCUCAGCUGUGCUUUUCUUUGCAUAUGUCGGUUUUGAUGCUGUCUCCACAAUGGCUGAAGAGACUAAAAACCCUGCUCGAGAUAUUCCUAUUGGUCUUAUUGGCUCAAUGACGAUUACCACUGCUGCAUACUGUCUGCUUGCCAUUGUAUUAUGCCUAAUGCAACCAUACAAGCAGAUUGAUAUCGACGCUCCAUUCUCCGUGGCCUUUGAAAAAGUGGGGUGGAAUUGGGCUAAGUAUAUUGUUGCUGCUGGAGCAUUGAAAGGCAUGACCACGGUUUUGCUUGUCAAUGCGGUGGGUCAAGCCAGAUAUCUGACUCAUAUUGCUCGUACCCACAUGAUGCCACCGUGGUUGGCACAAGUCCAUCCAAAGACUGGGACCCCAGUCAAUGCCACCAUUGUCAUGCUCGCUGCCACGGCAAUCAUUGCCUUCUUUACCAAGCUUGAAAUUCUCUCCAAUCUUCUCUCAAUAGCGACAUUGUUCAUCUUCAUGCUUGUCGCUGUUGCUCUACUUGUUCGCCGAUAUUAUGUCAGUGGGGUGACAACACCAACAGACAGAAACAAACUUAUUAUCUGCCUUGUGUUCAUUCUUGGGUCUUCUGGGGCCACAGCUACUUACUGGGCAGUAAGUACACACUGGACUGCAUAUGUAGUUACAGCGCCAGUUUGGUUUUUGGCUACCUUGGCACUUCACGUUCUUGUUCCACAAGCUAGGACUCCAAAAUUAUGGGGCGUUCCAUUGGUCCCUUGGUUGCCAUCACUUUCCAUUGCCAUCAACAUCUUCCUUCUGGGGUCCAUAGAUCGUGCAUCCUUUAUAAGGUUUUCCGUUUGGACUGGUAUCCUGUUGAUUUACUACUUCUUUAUUGGAUUGCACGCGUCUUAUGACACAGCCAAGGAGUAUGGGGAGAAUCGGGCUGCAGACGGAUACAGGAAAGCUGAGGAAGGUAAAGGCACCACAAAUUCUAGAAUUUAAAGCAAAGCCAUAUCAUGAGAUCCGUGCGUGUCUACCUUCUCCCAAUUUAUUUUUCUACAUUUUUAUAUAACAGUGUUGUAUUUUAGUAAUUAAAGGAAGAAGUUGAAAAUUGUCUACUUGUUAUGUGUGAAAGAGCUGCUUGCGGGUUCAGGUUCCUCAUUGUGAAUGUCUCAAUUGAAGAAUGAAUGUCCCUUUUGAAAAAAUUGUGAAAUCCUUC